GUGUUAGUCUUUUAGAGAUUUGGGGUGUUUCAUAGAUUAGAGAUGUCUCAGAGCAUUUAUGAUGAGGUGAUCUACCCUGAGGGGCUGAACAGUGAAGAUAAAGUGGAGAUGGUGGUAGAUAUUUAUGAGAGUGCAGAUGCUCACAACCCCAACAUAGAGAUCAAGGACACCAACACAAAGAGGACCCUACAAACACAACAAACAGGAAGCAGAUGUUACAGACUGACUGCAGUGUGUCUGGUGCUGCUGUGUGUUCUCCUACUGACUGCCACCAUAGCACUGUGUAUAAAGUUCUCCAACUUAAUGACAGUAAAAGAGCAGUUCCAGAGAGAAAGAGAUGAAUUACAGAAGAAACUCUCUCAACUGGAGACAAACAUUAACAAACUGGAAUGGAGAUACUUCAACUCCAGUGUUUACUACAUCUCUACUGAGAGUAAAACCUGGAACAAGAGCAGAGAGGACUGCAGAGAGAGAGGGGCAGACCUGGUGAUCAUCAACAGCAGAGAGGAACAGGUUCUGGAGACCUGGAGAACCCAGCCAUCAUGGAGAUGA